UCAGGACUCUCUUCUCGAAAUGGCAGCCGAGUUCCUGAGGAGCAGUUAGCGACGAAGAUGCAGCAGAGAAGUGGAGAAUCCUGUCAAGAUAAUACCUGACAUCGAACGGAUCGUUCCGACAUGUUCGAAAUGUGGAACUCGGUUGGUUCCAAACUGGAUCCUGACGAAGGCGAUUUGCCGCACAACUCACAGCAACCUCACACGUCAUCAGGGUCGAUAAAAGCGCAAAUCGAGAUCAUCCCGUGCAAGGUGUGCGGGGACAAGUCUUCGGGCGUGCAUUACGGCGUCAUCACCUGCGAGGGCUGCAAGGGCUUCUUCAGGAGGAGCCAGUCCUCGGUGGUCAACUACCAGUGUCCCAGGAGCAAGGCCUGCCUCGUCGACCGGGUCAACAGGAACCGCUGCCAGUACUGCAGGCUGCAGAAGUGUCUGCGGCUGGGCAUGUCCAGGGACGCUGUAAAAUUUGGACGAAUGUCUAAGAAACAGAGGGAGAAGGUUGAAGAUGAAGUGCGGUACCAUCGAGCCCAGUUGAGGGCGCAGGUUGAGCAAACGCCGCCGGACAGCUCCGUCUUCGACCAAGCCCAAACACCUUCAUCGACUGACCAGAUCCACAACUACACUGGGUACACUUAUGGCAGUGAUGUCGGAUCGUACUCGUAUAACUACAGUGGUCAGGUAACGGCAACAAUGCAAUACGAUAUAUCUGCAGAUUUUGUAGAUAGCACAACAACAGCCUACGACCCAAGACCGAGCAUAGACCAGAUCUCAGACUCAAGUAUGAUGGGCAACGUUGUAACGACAGAGGAGAAGGUGGCUAACAGUGUGUGUGUACAAGGCGGUGGUGGGAAGGUUGUGCAGGGCCAACCAAGACUUGCCAUCAAGCUGGAGACCGAAGCGCUCAAUGACGGCGUCAUCAACACAUACGUAGACUCUACAACAUCGAGGCAAACCGAGGAACUUCCCAAUCCUGCCCAGAUAUCCGAACUUCUUUCUAAAACUAUAGCAGAUGCCCAUUCACGGACGUGCCUCUUCACAAUGGAACAUAUACAUAAUAUGUUCAGAAAGCCUCCAGAACUUUCUAAGCUCAUUUUUUACAAAGACAUGGCACAUGAAGCACUUUGGCUGGAAUGUGCUCAAAAGUUAACAUCUGUGAUCCAACAAAUAAUUGAAUUUGCCAAGAUGGUACCUGGCUUCAUGAAGCUUUCUCAAGAUGACCAAAUUGUCCUUUUGAAAGCUGGAAGUUUCGAACUUGCGAUUCUCAGGAUGUCACGAUACUUUGACUUAAGCUCUGGUUGUGUCCUGUACGGAGACACCAUGCUCCCCCAGGACGCAUUCUACACAGCAGAUACUGCGGAAAUCAAACUGGUGAAUCUUGCAUUUGAAGUUGCCAGAGGAGUCGCAGAACUGAAACUGACCGAGACAGAGCUCGCACUCUAUUCCGCAUGUGUUCUUCUUUCAGGGGAUCGGCCUGGUUUGAAGGGUUUAGCUGAAAUUGGAAGGCUUGGUCAAGCUGUUUUAAGAGCACUGAGGAUCGAAUUAGACCGGAAUCACACAAUGCCAAUUAAAGGAGAUGUCACCGUGUGUGAUGCCCUUUUAGGGAAGAUCCCUUCUCUCAGGGAAUUAAGUAUGUUGCACAUGGAAGCGCUUAGCAAGUUCAAAAGAUCAUCGCCUCACCUUGAGUUCCCUGCAUUACACAAAGAAUUAUUUUCUGUUGACAGCUGAACUAUGCUUAAGAAACUUCAUUCAAACAAGCGGAGGAGAUCCCCUGAGUACGUGCAGCCGAUGAUUCAACAGGCGUUGGACUGCAUUUACCAACCAUACGAUGAAGCUUCUUAUGCAUAGAAGACUUUAUAUGUCCAGUGAUAUUUCAGGACAUGUGUUUAUUAUUUUUUGUAAAUAUGUAAUAGCGCCAAUGUACAUUUCUAAUCAAAUUUUACAUAUAACAAAGCUUAGAAAGUGUACUAUAUAUAAAUUAUUUAUUUGAGUUUUAUUUUGAUUAUAGUAUUAAUUGUUUUACUAAUCUACAAAAUAAUAUUCCUAUACUGACGUAAUUAUUUGUACAUAAUUAACGCAAUCAUCUGGCCAUUAUAUUUUGGGGUAGUACAUAUAAAGUACUAGAAAAAUUUCAAUUAAUGCUGCUAUGGUGUAAACUUAAUAGUGAAAACAAUAAUUCACUCUGGUUACAGCAUCCUUAAAGUGUUGCUGUAAUUAGCUUGAAUUAUUAACAACAAAUGAUUUAGUAUAAGAAUGUUAUUUUGUGAAUUGUAAAGUACAAUAUAUUGUUUUUAAUGUAAUAUUGUGCAUUAUUUACAACAAAAAAUGUACAAUCUAUAUAAAUAUAUAUAUAUACAUCAAUAUAUAUAAAUAUAAUUGUAAGAAAAUUCACUUAUAAUGUUAAUUUAAUUAAUGUUACUAGUUAUAUUUAAUUUUAAUAUCAGGAGUUGGGACUGGGACAUGGACUAACAUAUGCUGGUUUUUCCAACAUAUAAAUUAAGUUUGUAAAAUAUUAAUAGCUAACAUAAAACAUUUUUUUUAUUUUUUUAAUGAUAAUUCUCAAGUUUUUUGAUAAACACUUAUAAUUUAAAAAUGCAACAUGUAAUUAAAUUAAAAGGAAAAAAAGAUGAAAUAUUUUUUUUUUAAUUUGAGAAUUUUCUAUUUUUUGAAUGCAGUUUAGUAAAGAAGAAGAAAAAAAAAAAGUGUAAUAUAAUAUCCAUUCCAACAACAGAAAAUUAGUCGAAGAAAAUUGUACAAAAAAAAUAAAUAAAUUAAAUGAAAUAACUGAGCCUGUUACAUAAUAUUGAUUAAACAAAAUUAAAAGGGUAAACAAUUCUGAGAAGAUGGUUCCCUUUUGAAUAAUCGCUAGAACUUGUGAUAAAUUUCAAUUUAUUCGUGAUUUAUCGAUUUAGUAUAUUUUCACUAUAGAUAACACAAUAGUAAUAUGUAGUUAAUUGAUUCUAAUUAAGUAACUCACGAUUUUGUAUCAAAUACAAAAUUAUUUUCUGGUGAGAAUAAAAAGUGAUGGCUCUCUGGGUGCUAGAAACAAUAAAGAUAAUUAAAGUAUUAUUUUUUGUAUAUUCAUUAACCCGCAAUUUUUGUUUACCCUUUUUCGAAUAACAGAGUUUAUUUUCCCCUAAUAUAAAAAAAAUAAAGUAUAUAUAUAGUUUACAAUUAAAUGUUAUGCAUAAUACAUAGUUUGAUAAAUGAAACUAUGUUUUGUUAUGUACUAAUAGUAUUAAGAAUGGGGUAAAAAUCCAAUUAUAUAUUUGAGGUAGUAAAUUUUGAACUUAAAUAAAAGAGUAAAUAAAUUAAAUGUUAUUGUUGAUAUAUAUAAAAAAAUAAAUUAAAUGAAAUGUAUUUUUUUUAUUAGUACAAUUUAUUGAGUGUUUAUAUUAAUUUUACUUCCUUAUAGUAAUAAUGAAAUUUUGUUUUUCUUUAAAUUAAAGUCAACUCUCCAUAAUUUAAAUAUAUAUAAUAAUUUGAGUUAUAAUUAAACUCAACGAUAUGUUUAUAAUAUAAACUUAUCAAUGAUUGAAAAGAAAUGUGGUAGAUUUUCCACUCCGUUCAACUAGGUUCGACAUUAAAAUUCAAAUAACAGUUAAAUGAAAUGUUUUACAUUGAUAGUUGACUUUAUGGUAAAUAAAUAAGAAUAUGGUGUGGAUGGGGGUCACGGACAACAUAUAAAAUAUUGGAAAAUAUUCAUUAAAUACCAAUGUUUCAUCCACGAUUGUAGUUCACCAUCAGGACCGAAUAAGAAAAUGUGUAAGCUAACCAUGUUAUAUAGUUGGCCAACACUUUUUCUUAUUCGGAAGAGAAUCUAUCAUGAGAGUUGAAAUAUUGACAUUUAAUAAAUAGUUGCUAUUAUUUCAUACGACUAGCACCCAUACCAUUUCCUUCUUGAUUGAAGAUAAUGUUUAAAAAGUUUUGUCUAGCUCAGGAAUUCUUUAAUUUUUAAGAGUUGUCAUUUAUAAAAGAAUUGAGUUAUUGAGAGUCGACUGACUUAUGUUGGCAUGAAACCUACCUCAAACAUAUUAAAACAUUUUUGCUUGCGAGAGGUUACUUACCAGAUUGGAUAGUUGCCCCCUUAUUUUAAAGUUCAAUACCUGCUGUCUCAUAUUAGACUUCUGGUAAAUAAUGAAUACAUCAGUUCUAACUCUAUAUUAGGAAAGAGGUUUUCAUCUGUGAUAAAACUAAAAGAAAAACACACAAAAAAAAAAAAAAAAAAAAGAAAGGAAAUCAUCGCUUGAUUUAGUUAUUAAUUGAUUGAGCUUUAUAAAAACAGAUUAUCAAUUUUUACAAAGCAUAAAAAUUUUGUCAACACUUGUACUUGUUAAUAAUGAUUUUUUUUUCGCAGAUGUUUUGUAACUAACAUAAUUAAUUUCCUCCGAAAUUCAAAGUGCUUAGAACGAUGUUGGAUGUGAUACUUGAGUGCCGAGUUAUUAUGUUAUAUAGUUGUUUUGUUUUUUUGUUUGUUUUUUCAUUUAUAAAAUGUAAUUUUAGUAUAUCAAAAGGAAAUAUUUGCUCCAUGAUAUUUGCAUAUAGGUGAUAAUAUAUGCAUUCUAGUUUGGAAUGUUAGAAAAUGUAUGGCAGAUUUUAUUUAGAAAGAAAAAAAAAUGAAAUCUUAUUAGCUUUUAGGUUUAGUAAAUAAUUGCGACAAAAUUAAACAAAAAAAAAAUUACUUUUUCUAACUUUUCAAACUAAAAGAUAAAAUAUAUAUAUUAUUAUAGAAAGAAAUAUUAAAUCCUUAAACAUUGAAAGUAUAUUACUGCCUUAUAUUGAUUUUGAAACUUUUUCACUUAACUGAUCUCUAAUUUCAAAUGUAACUGCGUAAAUAUGAAUCGCUAAUAGGCCAAAUUUACCAAAAUAAACUAACUUUCCCUUGGAUUAUAAAGAACUGCAAAGUGUAUAAAGUAAAAGAAUCGUUUGCUUUUUUAUUUUUAUUAUCUAAAAAUGCCUUUAAAAAAUAUUAAUAUUUAUAAUUCACUUUUAUAAUCAAAUGGAAAGUUCAAAAAACUCAAGUUCAAUAUCUGUUUGAACAAAUUACAGUGUAGAAACUGCGCUUAGUUUUGGUAAAUGGUUAGGUGGUUUAUAAUAUCUAUAAGAGAAUUUAUAAAAUUGUGUAUGUAUAUGUACAUGUGUAUAUACAUAUACACACAUAUAUGUAAGUAUUUAUGUAUGUGUUUAUAUGUAUGGUUAAAAACAUACACUCAGACGCAUAUACAAGUACAUGCCCAUCAUUAAUAUAUUGCCUUAAAAUGGAAUGGUAUUCACUGUACCGAAGUUCAAUGUGAUAUUUUAAAUUAUACUGGUAAUUCUCAACAUUGUUGUUUCUAGAUAGUCUAUUCUAUCCAUUACUUUUCAUCUUUUAAUGGUACUACGCAUAAUAUUUUUUUAUUACAAUUGUUUUAUAAAUAUGGAAUUAAUUUCUGAUUAAAAAUAUAAAAUCAAUAACUUUCAUUCUUCUUCGGUAAAGAGAGUACUCAUAUUUAGAUAUGUAAGCGAAUAGGUGCGUUAUUCUAAUUAUUAAAUAAAUGAAAAAAAAAUAAAAAAAAUCCACACUUAGAUUAAUUAUUGUUACAUGCUGAAAUGUAGAGAAAUGGUUAAAUAUUAUUAUAUAUUGUGCUGUUAUUAUUUAGUCUGAAUAAAAUGAGAGAUAAAUUAUUUGCUGUAUACUUUAUUUGUAAUUACAGAAAUAAAAAUGCUAUUUCUGUUAUGCUGGAUAUUUUUAUUUUUUGUUUAUCUCUACCGAAAAAAAGGUUUAUUUUUCUUCAAUGUUUUUCUUUUAAUUGGGUUAUUUAUUUAUUCAAUUAAUA